ACUGAUGCGGCUAGAAACACAUUAGAAGAAGAAAUGGAAAAGACAAGAGAAAUGGUUCAUCUCUCUUCCACAAUGUUGGACACUGGUGAUGAAAUGAAGACAAUUACAGAAGCUGGGAUAGCAGAUCCAAUGCCAAAAUAUCAAACAGGUAGCGAUAGAUUUGAAUUCACUGCUGCUGCUCAACUAGCAGAUGAAUACCCACUGGACAGCAAGUAUACUUGGGAUACGCCUUCAGAGGAUAAGGACAUUGUGGAUAAAACCUCUUUUCAACCUUGUGCACGAUAUGUGCCAAACGACGUGAAGCCUGAAAUGGAAUACCAACAGUCUACUUUCAUGGAUGUCUGUCCCAGUGUGACUAGUGUUGCUGGCAUGCCGUCCAGGUUGCCCAUGAAUGAAAAACACUGGCUUAUAGAUCAAAAACCAAUAUGGGAGAAACAAUCAACAACUAAGGAAAUAUUCCAGCCAUAUACAUUAAAGGAUGAAGAAAAGACCAAUAACCAAAUGGUUUUACUGUCACCCUCUUGCCCCAGAAAGGCUAUACAUCCAGGUUUUCCUUCUGCACCACAAUGCAGUUUAGUUUUUUAUGGACCAAAUAUGGUAGAUAUCUAUCCCAAUUGUCCAAGUGUAUCCAGUAUACCUGGUAUCCCAUCUAUCAAUGAAGCUAACAACAGACCAUGGGUAUCUCAGCAGGCUCCACUUUUAGAAAACAAAGUAAAAAGAGAAUUUGUUGAAAUGAGAGCAUCACCAAAAUACAGGGAUGAAAUUAAAUUAACGGUAGGUUUGGUACCAACUUGUCCAAGACAUGCUUGCAUACCAGGCAUCCCCUUGAUUACACAACCUACUUUAGCACAUCAUGGAUCAGAUAUGACAAGCCUUCUAAGAUCUUGCCCCAAAGCCUCUUGUAUUGAAGGUGUUCCAUCAUUAAUUAAACCAUUGAGCAAAAGCUGGGCUAAAGAUUACAAACCCUUCGGGGUAACACAGACACACACAAACAUAGUUAUGAUUGAAGAGAGACCUCACAAUGAUGACAUGAGAGCCAUGUCAGCUUUAGCCCCAGUACAUCCAAAACAAGCUUGCAUCCCUGGAUUUCCAUCUGCCCUGGGACCUACAGGAACCUACAAUGGUUUUAGUGGAGUCAAUCUCCUUCCAUCUUGCCCAGCCGCAUCAAGUAUACCUGGUUUUCCUUCAAUGCAGAAAGAUGACAGCAAAGACUGGAACACUUUGCAUCAGCCAUUAUGGGAGAAGCAAAUGAAAAAGAAGUCUACAUUACGACUAGAAAACGAUCAAAUGAAAGAAGACAUGAAAGGAGCUGUGUCACUUGCACAAAGUUGCCCAAUGCAAUCGCUCAUCUCUGGCUUUCCCUCGGUCCCAAAACCAAGGAUAAAUAACGUUGACAUAACAAAUAUGGUCAGUUUUUCAAGCGCAUGCUCAAAAGUGUCACACAUACCAGGAUUUCCAUCAUCUCAUACUUUAAAAGAAUGGACAGUGAGCAGGAAGCCACUAUUUGAACCGAGAUUGAAAGAAAAGAUGGUGUCAUUGAUUGACAGAUGUGAAGCAGACAAGAGAGCAAUGAAAGCAAUGGUUUAUCUUGUACCAUCCUGUCCAAAAGCGGCACAGACGCCAGGAUUUCCUUCUCAUCCAAAUCCCCAAAACAUUUAUGGUGCACCAAAUAUGAUCAGCCUUGUACCAUUGUGCUUGCAAGUUUCCAAAAUUCCUGGAUUCCAAUCACUUGAUGGGGAUAUAAGUCUAGAAUGGGUAACAGAAGAGGGGUCAUUGCUGAAGAGCCUUCCAAAGAAGACGGUCAUAUUUGACACAUCAAAUAACAACAAAAAGAUAAUGAAGACUAUGGUUUCCUUGGUACCAUCCUGUCCUAAAGUAACAACAAUCCCUGGUUUCCCUUCUAUUCCAAAUCCCAAAACGGUGUAUUAUGGCCUAAAUAUAGUCAACCUCCUUCCUUUGUGCCCCCUAGUUUCUACCAUACCUGGAUUUUCAUCAGUUGAAGGGCACAAGGAAGAAGAAUGGUGUGCUGAACUGGGUUCAUUUAUUCCCAGACCAAAAAAGAACAUUCUGUUUAGGAUAAACAGCUCACCAAUUAACAUAGAACAACCAAACAACAUGUUUGCUUUGGUUCCUUCUUGCCCAAGAGCAUCAAAGGUUCCAGGCUUCCCAUCCGUUCCCAAAUACAAUAUGCUGAGUCUUGCACCUGUUUGCACCAAAGUAUCGAAUCUCCCAGGAUUUGCAUCCUUUCAAGAGACCUCAAACUGCCAAUGGCUUUUUGAUCCACAGACGUUGUGUGAUAAGCCAUCAAAGGAGGCAUCAUUAAUAAUGCACAGUCCAAAUCAAGACACAGAAACUCUAAAGCCAAUGUGGGCCUUAGUGCCUUCUUGUCCAAGAGCAUCAACGGUUCCAGGCUUCCCAUCCGUUCCCAAAUACAAUAUGCUAAGUCUUGUACCUGUUUGCACCAAAGUAUCCAAUCUCCCAGGAUUUGCAUCCUUUGAAGAGAGCUCAAACUGCCAAUGGCUUUUUGAUCCACACACGUUGUGUGAUAAGUCAUCAAAGGAGGCAUCAUUAAUAAUGCACAGUCCAAAUCAAGACACCGAAACACUAAAGCCAAUGUGGGCCUUAGUGCCUUCUUGUCCAGAAGCAUCGACAAUCCCUGGGUUCCCCUCUGCACCUCGGACCAAAUCCAAGAUUGAACCCGAUAUGAUAAGUUUUGUACAUUGCUGUCCCAGUGCUUCAAGUCACAAAGGAUUUGCCUCCAUGACUACAAUCCCAAACACAGGGUGGCUGAAUGAAACAAAACCACUUUUGCUAAAGCCUCAGAAGAAAAAGCCAGAAAUAAGUUUCCCACUUACUGAACAUGACCAGCUAUCUUGCUACAGCACACAAAGCAUGGUGAGAUCAGUGAUGUCCUGCCCAAAAGAAGCCAGAGUAUGUGGUUUUCCUUCUGCUCCAGUUGGAAACAGACCACCGAACAUGGUCAGCUUAUACUCGUCUGCUUCAUGUGUUUCAUGCAUCCCAGGUCUCCCAUCAGCAAGGAUGCUUAGCUCUGAAUAUAUAAAUAUACAAACUAGGACAACAUACAGCGAGCCUUUGUCUCAGAGGUUGCAGAAUGACAAGAUUUGUGUCAUUGCAAAAUUCCCAGCCAAAGAUGACGAAGAUGAAAUGCAGUACAUGGUAGCAAUGGCUCCAUCAUGUCCACAUUUCACUCAAAUCCCUGGACUCCCCAGCAUUUCACAAUUGAAUUCAGCAGAGAAAGAAACUAUGAUCAUUCAAGUCCACUGUUCUACUGGAAAGCAUACACCACAACACGUGCCUACUGUUCCCUCCACAUCUCCUAGCCUCCCCAGCACAACACUUGCACAUGAGGAGAAAUUGAAAGAUGGUGCGAAGCAAAACAUAGACCUUUGUGUAGAUGAUGGCAAAUCACAAUUAGAGAGGACAGUAGCAGAGGUAGACCAGACAAAAGGGAAGAAACCAUUGAACACAUCAGAGCCACCGGGAGUUUUGGGUUGGGAAGUAUUGGAAGCAGAGGAACCCAUUACAGAAAAGCCAGCAGAGUCCUCUUUGUCAGCAACAGAAGGAGAGUCAGGAUUAGUAAAGGCUAUUGCGGGUGUUUUACACAAAGGGUUUCACUCACUCACUCCAGUACUCACUCCAGUAUCCAUGUCUCACAGUUACGAAAUAGUAGCAUCCAUUAUGGGGCCAUCCAGCUCCACUGUAGCUGAAGCGGAGCACCAACCCAUGGCUGCCUCUUCUGUGGAUCUGAAAGACAAGACACUGACCUCUUCAGACCAGUUUUCAACACAUUUCUCUGGCAGCACUGCCUUCAUGCAGACGAUAGAGGGCCAGUCUGAAGACAUUUACACCAAACAUAACAUUGAGUAUCAAGCAAGUGCUGAGCCUUACAUGUUGGACUCGGAAGGUGAUCGAUCAGCGUCUCCAUCACCAACUACCGACAAUGAUGACAGGUUUUUGGUUCGUGUGAGCAUAAAAAAAUGGCCACCGCUGACAGAGGCAGAUAUCACUGAAAUAUCAAAGGAGGAGGAUAGUGAACAAGCAGAGGAACAAGAGGCCUUUCUCGAACAAUGGCAUACAAAGGAAAGAUCACUCACAGGGCAGGACUCACAUUGUUCAGUGUAUAUUGAAAGCUUGUUAGCAAGGCAACAGACGGAGGCAGAACAGGAUGAGGUUAGAACCGAGUCAACUUCUUCACAGCUGGAUAAAGGGUGAGUGCCUGGGGACAUUGACCCAGUCAAGUGUUUGGUUGCACGGUGUGAUCGUGUAUAUGUUCUGCGUUGUUGGUGAUAACAUCGUCUCUUGUUCCACUUAUGAGUGAAUACUAUUCAGGAAAUUGUGACGGUCAACUAUCUGUGAUGGCAGUUAAGAUUGACAUUGUGAUAUGGAAUGGCAAUUGUUUUCGUGGCGCUUUAAGUGAGUCUUGUAAACUUUGUUUAUACAUUAUGUACUUUAUAUGCUGCUGUUUUGUUUCAAUGACAGUGUGCAUGUACACAAGUAAAGCAGAAUAUUGAAGAAUAUGAAUUGGUUGGAGAUAAGGUGCAUGUCACACCUAUAUGACAAAGAACAGCACAUUCUGAAGCUUGUCCUUUCUCUUCCUUAAGCCCCCAACAAAUAAACACGGAAGGAAUUUCUGCCACUUCCCUGCAGCCUACAUCCAAUGAGUCACUGACAGAUUAUAAUGUUGACAUAGAGAA